CCAAAAUGAGAAGAAAAAGGAGAUACCAUCGAAUAUCUGCAACAAGGCGCUUGAAAACCAUCUGCAGUAUUAAACACUCUCCUACCAGGGAAACACUAACAUAUGCACAAGCACAAAAGAUGGUCGAAAUGGAAGUUGAUGGCCACUUACACAGAAUCAGUAUUUUUGAUACUUUAGAACUAAUAUCUGAGGAGGAUGAUAAAGCAAAAGAGAUCAGUGAAUGCAGCAGCAAUAAAGAAAAUACUGAAAAGCCUUUAAUUUUUAGUAACUGCAAAACCUACAAAAGUAACGUGAAAAAAAAGAAUCUUGUUCUUCCCAAUGCACAUGGGGUGCCAGCAACAUCCAGUGUACUUCCUGAACCCAGUAUAAGAAUAAUUGAUUAUAGCCCCCCUCCUGCCUCUAAAAGACCUCAGACCUAUUAUACUUUUGUUGAAAAAUCUUCAGAAGACCUUGAUAAAGAAGUAGAAUAUGAUAUGGAUGAUGAAGAUUAUUCAUGGUUAGAGAUUGUAAAUGAAAAACGCAAAAAUGAUGGGCUGGCUACUGUGUCUCAAAAUGUGUUUGAGUUUCUCAUGGACAGAUUUGAAAAGGAGUCUUACAUAGAAAAACAGAAGCAAGGAGAUCCUCAGUCUUUAAUUGAUGAAGAUGCAGUGUGUUGUAUAUGCAUGGAUGGUGAAUGCCAGAACAGCAAUGUUAUUUUAUUUUGUGAUAUGUGUAACUUAGCAGUACAUCAGGAAUGUUAUGGUGUGCCAUAUAUACCUGAAGGGCAGUGGCUUUGCAGGCACUGUUUGCAGUCUCGCUCUUGCCCAGUGGAAUGUAUACUUUGUCCUAACAGAGGUGGUGCUUUCAAACAGACAGAUGAUGAAAGGUGGGGACAUGUUGUAUGUGCGCUAUGGAUACCUGAAGUUGGUUUUGCCAACACUAUUUUUAUUGAACCAAUUGAUGGUGUAAACAAUAUUCCUCCUGCUAGGUGGAAGCUUACAUGCUACCUCUGCAAACGAAAAGCUGCUGGUGCUUGCAUUCAGUGCCAUAAAGCAAACUGUUAUACAGCAUUUCAUGUGACUUGUGCUCAAAAAGCUGGUCUUUAUAUGAAAAUGGAACCUGUUAAAGAAGUAACUGCUACUGGCACAAUUUUCUCUGUUAAAAAAACUGCGUACUGUGAUGUACACACUCCAGCAGGUUGUGUAAGGAGACCUUUAAAUAUUUAUGAAGAACGUGAUAUUAAAAAUGGUGUUUGUCGGAAGAGCCGCAUAAGCAAAUGUGGGCGACCUAGAGCUGGGAUCAGACGUAAAACUAAGAAACUAAAAAAAGAGGAAGAGGCAACAGAACCUGUUGCAACAAUACCAACAGUGUCUGUGCCACACAUUCCAGUUCGGAGACUGAAUAAAAUUAUGAACCAAGUCGCUGUACAGAAAAAAAAACAGUUCACUGAACGAAUUUAUAAUUACUGGAUAUUAAAAAGGUUGUCCCGUUAUGGUGUUCCCCUUUUACGAAGACUUCAGUCUAGUGCACAUUCACAACGAUCUGUAGGACAGGAGAAGGAUGAAGAAAACCAGGCUUUGAAAGAACAGCUGAAGUAUUGGCAAAGACUGCGUCAUGACUUAGAGCGUGCUCGAUUGUUAAUUGAACUUAUUCGUAAACGGGAAAAACUAAAGCGGGAACAGAUUACUGUUGAGCAGCUUGCCAUGGAACUGCGGUUGACUCCACUAACUGUAUGCCUACGGUCAGUUCUGGACCAACUCCAAGAAAGGGAUACUGCACACAUAUUUGCUGAGCCUGUUGAUCUUACAGAGGUUACAGAUUAUUUAGAAUAUGUCAAACGCCCGAUGGAUUUCUCUACUAUGCGAAAACGAUUGGCAGCUCAAGGUUAUAAAAGUUUAGAUGAGCUUGAAGAGGAUUUUAACCUUAUUAUUGAUAACUGUAUGAAGUACAAUGCCAGGGGAACACCAUUCUUCAGAGCAGCUAAACGUUUACAAGAUCAUGGAGGUGUUGUAUUAAGACAGGCACAACGUGAAUGUAAUAGAAUUGGUUAUGAUUAUGAAACUGGGUUACACCUGCCUCAACCACCAAAGACGGAACCACCCAAACUUCCUUCGUGGGGCGAAGUGGACAGUGUGUUAAACCCUGAAAAUAGAAAGCAUAUGUCUUUAGAUGAGCAGUUGAAAGAGCUGUUGGAGAUGUUUGAUCUGACCUGUGCUCUGAAGAUAAGUAUAUCUAGAAACAAACGUAUACAAUUGUUGAAGAAGGAAAUAAAAAAUAUUCGACAAAGAAUAAGCUUACAGAAGUGUCAAUCUGCCGAAGAAGUUGCCACCAAGAUAAUUAGUGGAGAAAAAACAGUAUUAGAACAGGAUGGUGAUAAGGAAGGAGAUAAAUCUCCCCCUAAACUUGAACCAUCUGAUGCUUUUCCUCUUCCUUCCACCUCUGAGACCAAUUCUGAACCACCUAACCUCAAACCAGUAGAACCUAAUACAGAAAAAUGUAAGUCUCACAAAAGGGUGAUAUUUGAUAAUGAAUUGUAUAGCACUACCCUGCAAAAGGAAUUGGUUAAUGGACAUUCUCAUGAGCAUUUGCCUGAGGACAGUAAUCUCUGUGGCUUAACUACUCCUUCAGCAGCAGAGUCAUCAGGUGAUAUCAACAGGCGCAAAUCUGGUAUCUUCGUCAAACGCAAACUUGUAAAUUCCCAAAAGCCUACAAAGAAUGUCAAGACUCGAACAUCUUCUCCACAUCUGGGGACCGAAAACUUUGCAUCUGUGGUUCUUCCAAGGUUAGAGACACUCCUUCCACCGAGAAAGAGGUCACGGAGAGCAUGUGGAAAUUCUGAGAUCGAUGAGGAUUGUCCUGUAAAGCCGUUAGAGACAGGUCUUCCUAAUGGUUUUGGGGAUGACAUUAAGGAGAAAAAUGUAAAUCAUGCAGGACACAGAAGAGGUGAACCUCGCCGUCGCUGUGCUUCAGAAUCCAGUAUAUCUUCAAGUAGCAGCCUUUUUUGCAAUACAAGUUUGAAUUUUCCAAGAUGUGGUAAAGGAAAACCAGCAUUUGUGAGAAGAAAUCAUGUAGAAGAUCGAAAGGAGCUAAUUGCAUGCAUACAGAAUGGUGACUAUGUUAAAGCUGCGAGGAUUGCUGCUAUUGGACAGAACAGUAUAUGGAUAUCGGAUGAUGUUUCUUCUAGUGCACUUGAACCAUUGUCAUUGGUCUGGGCAAAAUGCAGUGGAUAUCCUUCAUAUCCAGCACUGAUAAUUGACCCGAAGAUGCCACGUGUUGGCUGUAGCCACAAUGGUGUAACAAUACCUGUUCCUCCUUAUGAAGUGCUUAAAAUUGGAGAAAAGAAGCAGGCAAAAUCUGUGGAAAGGCUGUUCCUUGUACUGUUUUUUGACAACAAAAGAAGUUGGCAGUGGCUUCCAAAAUCUAAAAUGGUUCCCCUUGGAAUGGAUAACGCCUUAGACAAUUUAAAAAUGAUGGAAGGUAGAAACUCUACAAUACGGAAGGCUGUACAUAUUGCCUUUAGUCGUGCUAUGGAUCAUUUGAAUCGAGUGCAGGGUGAACCUAUUUGUGACUUUAGUGACAUAGACUAAAUAAUGGUACUUUCAAACAGCAGUUUGCAUCAUCUAACUUCAGCUUUACUAAAAUCAUUUUGCUACCAAAAGAAUGUACUGAAGAAUUUCAUUCUCAAAUUGCUGCUUCACCGGCUGCAUUUUAGGGAUCAACAUGUUGAAGCAUUCGUUGUCUUUUUGGUUUUGAUCUACUGUCGGUUUCUUGUGGUUUACAGGAGCUUCCACUACAGCUGUAUUCAUCUCCUUGUUCAUAGUGUUUAUACUGCUACAUGGAAAGAAAAGUUGUACAUAUAUAUUAUAUAUAUAUUAUAUAUUAUGUAUAGAUGUGUAUAUUGUUUGUCAUUUAACUUAUUUUGACUGCUCUUUAACUGCUUUUGAAACAGAAGAGGGUAGUUUACUAAGGGUUGGUCAUUUCACUGUCCUGUAUAUUUGUAUAAACAGCAGUACACCCAAGCACCAUUUUGUAAGAUUUACCUCAUAAUAAAAUUGACAAAAGAAAUUUAUAGCUCUAGGAUCACAUCUUUGCAUUUUUUAUCUUGGUAUUCAUUUAUCAUUAGUCUUUCUUUAUGUGACACACUUAUUUCAUCUGAUGGAAGUUGUAAGCAUUUCAGAGAAAUGGUUAUGAACCUCUACAUUGUUAGUACAGUAACCUUACCUGCAGGUCAUUAGAAUUAGCCUAGUUCUAGGCUCUUUCUGUUGUACAUAUUUGCUUGUAGAAAAAGCUGUUUUUAAAAAUUUAUUUUUCAGUUCAUUUUCUCCAAGUCCCAGCAUUUUAUAUUAAAUGUCUGCAUUAUUAUUUAUUGUAGAAAUUGUAUAUAUUUGCUUUGCAAUGGACUUUGUGAUAAUUAUUGUAUACUUUUUUUACAUGGGCACAUUGGAAAGAAUAAGUGGCUAGGGAAAAAUUAAAACAGCACAUGUUGUAUAGUACAGAUUUUAAACGGACUGUGCAUUUUUUUAAUUUUGAGUCCUUUGUUAAAUAAUGGGCUUAUGUAUAAAAAUCAUCUUAAUUUUGACAUGCUGAAUAGCAAUAGACAUUUUGAAUACAAUUUUGUAUGGUACAUGUGAUUAUGUAUAUAGGUCUAGAGCAUUUUUUAUUUUGUGAAAACUAAAGUAUUAGGUUUGGGACUAAACAUGGUAGGGAGGGUUUGCAGACCACUUUUUUAUUUUAAUGAAAAUAAAGUAAUGAUUUUGACUGA